AUGUUAAUUGAAAUACCGUUGAGAGAUACGGACGAUGAAGUCAUUGAACUGGAUUUGGACCAACUGCCGGAGGGGAGUGAGGUGCUGACCAUCUUGAGGCAGGAGCAAGCCCCACUCAGUAAUUGGGUCACCCUGGCACACGCUUACUACAAGCAAGGCUUCUCCGAAGACUUUGUGAAGAUUUUGGAAAGGGCUCGAACUGAAGCCAGCAUAAACUACACUAACUACGAACGUGAUCAGAUGGCUGCCUUCGAUAGCCUGGCCGCCUACUAUGUCCAACAAGCCCACAAAGAAAAAAAUAAAGACAAGAAGAGAGAAUUUUUCACACAGGCAACAUUGCUCUACACCAUGGCAGAUAAGAUCAUUAUGUAUGACCAGAAUCAUUUGCUGGGCCGAGCGUACUUCUGCUUAUUGGAGGGUGACAAAAUGGACCAGGCAGAUGCCCAGUAUAAUUUCGUUCUUGGACAGUCGCAGAACAACAUCCCGGCACUUCUGGGGAAGGCUUGUAUACUGUACAACAAGAAGGAUUACAAGGCAGCCCUGGCUUACUACAAGAAAGUUCUCCGGAUCAAACCGGAUUGCUCGGGAUCCGUCAGGUACGGGAUCGGCCUCUGCCUCCUCAAGCUGGGAAAAACCGAGAGGGCGAAAUACGCAUUCUUGAGGGCCCUGGAACUUACCCCCAACUGCGUGGGGGCUCUGGUGGGGCUCGCCAUCCUCGAACUAAACAGCGAAUCCACCGAGUCGAUAAAACACGGGGUGCAGUUGUUGUCGAGAGCCUACACAAUUGACCCUUCAAACGCCAUGGUCCUCAACCAUCUGGCCAAUCAUUUCUUCUUUAAGAAGGAUUACAGUAAAGUUCAGCACCUCGCCCUCCAUGCCUUCCACAACACUGAGAACGAAGCUAUGAGGGCCGAAAGCUGCUACCAGCUUGCUAGGUCCUUCCAUGUACAGGGUGAUUACGACCAGGCAUUCCAGUACUACUACCAGGCCACCCAGUUCUCCAGCACCAACUUCCUCCUCCCCCAUUACGGACUUGGACAGAUGUACAUUUACAGGGGAGACAAUGAUAGCGUAAGUAAGGGCUGUUUUGAGAAAGUUUUGAAGGUUCAGCCGAACAAUUACGAGACGAUGAAAAUUCUGGGCAGUCUCUAUGCCGGCUCUAAUGACGUCAACAAGUUGAGUCUUGCCCAGCAACACUUGAAGAAAGUGACGGAACAGUUCCCAGAUGAUGUGGAGGCCUGGAUCGAGUUGGCGCAAAUCCUGGAAAGAAAGGAUGCAGAGGAGGCCUUAUCAGCUUACAAAACGGCCAGCAACAUAUUGAAAGAGAAAGUGAAAGCAGAAAUCCCUCCAGAAAUUCUGAACAAUGUCGCCGCUCUGUACUUCAGUAUGGGGAAUUACGUCGAGGCCCGAAACUUCUACGAACAAUCGCUGGCCCGAUCGAAGGAAGAACUGCCAAGCGAUGAGACGUAUUACAGUGCUAUCUCCGUUACGAUUUCGUACAAUCUCGCUCGCCUGUACGAGGCUACUAAUGACUAUGACAAAGCCAGUAGCAUCUAUAAGGAUAUUCUUAGGAAGCAUGCUAAUUAUAUUGAUUGUUACCUUCGUCUCGGCUGCCUGGCACGUGACAAGGGGCAAAUCUACGAAGCCUCGGAAUGGUUCAAAGAGGCCCUCCAGAUAAAUGCAGACCACCCAGAGGCAUGGUCUCUCAUUGGUAACCUUCACCUUGCGAAACAUGAAUACGGACCGGGGCAGAAAAAAUUCGAGAAAAUUUUGAGUGGGCGUUCGAAGGACGACCCUUACUCUAUGGUAGCCCUCGGGAAUGUCUGGCUGCAGACUCUCCAUCAGCCUAUGAGAGACAAGGAUAAGGAGAAGCGUCAUCAGGAUAGAGCGCUGCAGAUGUACAAGGGGGUCCUGAGGAAUGAUCCAAGGAACAUCUGGGCAGCCAAUGGGAUAGGAUGCGUUUUAGCCCACAAGGGGUACAUAAACGAGGCGAGGGAUGUUUUCUCCCAAGUUAGGGAUGCAACAGCCGAGUUCCCGGACGUCUGGAUCAACAUAGCCCACAUCUACACGGAGCAGAGGCAGUUCAUUGCAGCCAUCCAGAUGUACGAGAACUGCAGUAGGAAGUUCUUCAAGUACCACAACACUGACAUCCUAACCUACCUAGCGGUGGCCUACUUCCGGGCCGGCAAGCUUAAGGAGUGCAGACAGGUGCUCCUGAAAGCCAGACACGUCAAUCCAGGCGAUACAGUGCUGCUGUACAACAUUGCCCUUGUACUGCAGAAGCUGGCAACUGCCGUGUUGAAAGACGAGAAGAGUAACUUGAAGAUGGUGCUGUCCGCUGUCCAGGAUCUAGAACUGGCACACCGCUACUUCACCUACCUAAGUCAGAAAGGUGACAAAAUGAAAUUUGAUCUGGCACAGGCUGCACUCGAAGCCAGGCACUGCGGCGAUCUCCUGAGCCAAGCCCAGCACCACAUGGUCACGGCCAGGAAGUUGGAUGAGGUAGAGCAGGAACAACGUAGAAAGCAAGAGGAAGAGAGGGAGAUGAUAAGAAUGAAACACUUGCAAGAACAGUUGGAGAAGCAGAGAUUGAAGGAGGAGGCAGCCAAGAAGUUGAUUGAAGAGAGGCAGAAGUACAUAGAGAAAACAAAGAAUCUAAUAAUAUUCAAUAUGGAGGAGGAGAAACCAAAAAAAUCUAAUAACAGAUCGAGUGGGGGUGCAUCUAAUCUCCAGAGAUCGCCAUCUUCAUCUUCGUCUGCGUCUGAUGAUGAUGGUGACGGUGAUGGUGAUGAUGAUGCCGAUGGUGGUAGUGGAAGUAGUGAUGGUGGGAAAGAGGGCGACGGUGAGGAUGGAGAUGCAGAGGAGAAGAGAGCUGAGAGGCAGCGAAAGCAGCAGCAGCGAAAGCAGCAGGAGAGGGAAAAACCCAGCAGUAGCAAAAAACGAAAGCAGCCGCCCAAGAAGGACCCCGUGGGGGACACGGACGGUCUGACCUCGAAACAGAGGUCAAAGGUCGUCUCCAAGGCCAUUAUAUCUUCAAGCGAGGAUGAUUCGAGCGAUGAUGGUCAAGGCGGGAAAGCCAACGCUGGCGGUUCAAAGGGGAAAACAAAUAGACGAAGGAAAAGAAAAAUGACGUCAUCGUCGUCUGAUAAUGACGACGGUGAUGAUGGCGGCGAUAAAGCUGAAGAAGAAGAUGAUGAAAGUGAUGAUAGUAGUAGUAAUACUAGAAGAAAAAGAAGGCGAGUUUCUAAUAAGAUGAGUGAUGAUGAUGAUGAUGAUGAUGAUGACGACGACGAUAAUAAUAAUAAUAAUAAUAAUGAUGAUAGCAACGGUAAUGAUGAUGAUGGUGGUGGUGGUGAUGGUAGCGAUAAUGAGGGAGCUUCAUCACAUAAAAGUGGCGAUGAGGAUGGUGAUGAAGAGAUGGAAAAAGAUAAUAAUAAUAAUAAUGAUGAUGAUGAUGAUGAUGAUGGUGGUGAUGAAGAUAUGGAAAAUGAUAAUAAUAAUAAUAAUAAUAAUGAUGAUGGUGGUGAUGACGAUGGUGGUGAUGAAGAUAUGGAAAAUGAUAAUAAUAAUAACAAUAAUAAUGGUGAUGAUGAUGAUGAUAGGAAUGGUGAUGAUGAUGAUGAUAAUAACAAUAACGUCGAUAAUAACAACAAAGACGACGAUGAUGAUAAUGAUAUCAAUAAUGAUGAUGAUGAUGAUAAUGAUCGAAAUGUUCAGUCUGGUGGUGAUGAUGAUGAUGACGAUAACAAUAACAAUGGUAGCAAUGAUGAUAAUGAUGACGAAUAA